AAGUAUCUUCUGUAAGGUCUUCCUCAAGCACAAAAGCAUAAAGAGACAUUCGUUUUUGGAGCUUGCAAUGACUUAUGUUGAUGCUUUUAAAAGGCACCGCCCCCUCUUCUAUCGUGUCCUCUGCUGUGUGCAUCCAUCAGGACAGUGAGCGGUGUGCAGUCUUCUGUGUCGGUCCACGCGUCCCACGGAGGUGAGCUGAUCUUAGCUGCGUGGUUCUCAGGUGGCGAGGGGCGUCCUACAGUGAAUCCGCUGCAGAUGACCAUGUGGUCCGGCAAAAGACGCUCUUCUCAUCCCCAUUCAACUGGCCGACAUGGAUAGUAACUAACUGAAGCGCUCCAAGCUCAUUCCUCAUCCGUCUGCCCUGGGUGUCCCCAGCUCGCUCUCCUCCCUGCACGAUGGAAGCUCAGCCUGGUGUAUCAUGGGACUCCAUCAAGGCAGUGACAGGUACAACAUGUGAGGACUGAGAGGUAGCCAUGGAGACUGACAGCUACACCUCCAGCCCAGGCAGUCUGGGGGGAGUGGGAGUCACUGAGGAGCGCGCAGGUGAGGCUUGGUCCAGCAACCCGGCAUCAUGGUACAUGCCGUACUCACUGGGCUUCCAGGUGUCCCUCACUGCCUUUCUCAUGCUAGAGCUGGUGUUGGGUUUCAGCAGCAACCUGACGGUGCUGGUGCUCUACUGCUCCCAGUCUAAUUUAGUGGACUCGGUCAGCAACAUGGUGACAGUCAGUCUGCACGUGCUGGACGUGGCGGUGUGCGUUCUGUGUUUGCCCCUCACUCUGGCGGUCGUGUUGGUGCCUCCUGGGCCCAACCUGGCUCUGCUGUGCUGCUUCCACGAGUCCUGCGUCACGUUCGCCAGCAUUGCCACAGCCGUCAACAUCCUGGUAAUCAGCCUGGACCGAUACGAUAUCUCAGUGCGGCCGGCUAACAGGCUGCUGACGACACGCAGGGCAGCACUGCUACUGGCGGCCGUGUGGCUCACAUCAGUCGCUGUAUUUUUUAUCCCUUUCCUGGAGGAACAAUUGUCUAGGGGUGAAGGAACUGAGAAGAAAGGGCUGGAGACACCAUCGCCAGCGUGGCGUAACCGGACACUCUUGUGCAUAGGCGGGCAUGGCAGUCACUUGACCCUGGGGACAUAUUACCACCUAAUCCUCCAGGUGCCCAUAUUCUUCACCACUGUGACAGUAAUGUUGUUCACCUACUCCAGAAUCCUGAGGGCUCUAAACAUCCGCAUAGGCACGCACAUAAAGAAGAGCCAGAGGUUUAUCGGCCCCUCCUGCACGGGCCUCCACAAGAAACCAAAAAGAAAGAAGACCAAGCUCAAAAUGAUGAAUAGUCCAGCACCAGAAGGAGAGCAGUGCACUACAGAUGGCACCAAACAACGGAGCCACCCUCCCCUCAUACCUUCCUCAUCACCCACUCCCACAGCUACCUCCCCCCCAGCCCUCUCUUCUUCUGCCCCACUGGUGACAUCUGACACAGGUGCUGCCACCCCGAUGCCAGCCACCAUGGGUGUCCAAGCCUCUGUGUCUGCUAUUAUCGCCCUGCGUCGAGCAGUGCGGCGUCAUCGGGAUCGGCGAGAGCGCCAGCGGCGGGUGUUCAGGAUGUCCCUCAUCAUUAUCAGCACCUUCCUCGGUUGCUGGGCUCCCCUGUCUGUGAUCAACAUGCUCAUCCUGGCUAUCGGCCCCAGUGACGCCAUGGUCAGUCUCCGCCUCUGGUUCUUAGUUCUGGCUUACGGCACCACCGUGUCCCACCCUCUGCUCUAUGCCUUCACACGACAGAAGUUGCGGCGUGCCCUUCGUGCCAAGGUUAAAAAGAGGGUGGUGUCCUUGCUUCAGGUGGACCCUUCGCCAGGGGGCACCGUCAUACACAAUUCUUGGGUGGAAAACAGAAAAACCAGUCGUCAGGUGCGGCUCGAAGCAAGCGAGGGUUCCGACCGCUGCCUGGCAGAGGCCCUGUGAGACUAUCCGCACACGUGCUGGCCUGUUUUAAUUAAAAACAAGAGGAUAGUCACAGAUGUGUUCCAUCACCACUAGAGUGUGAAGUUACUAUAAGGAACCACAAAAAAACAUAUGUGCACCUCUGGGAAACAAUUGGAAGGGAACAAUUAGAGCGAGCAAUCACCUGAGGUGGGAUGCAACUGAACACAAUCGUACACAAGCAACUUUCAAGUAUGAAUAUCGUGAUGUUUUCUCUGUCAAAACACAUGUUUACAUAUGGAGUUGUACGAUGGAGCAUACUCACAGCAGUGCUUACAUAACCGCUCCAAGGAAUGUGCUUAGCCAACUGAUGAUCACAUUUACCACCCACUCGGAAGCUCCGAGACAGCUUUAAAAAGAAUGUUGACGCACCUAAAUGUGACCAUGUGAAUAUUUAAAGUCUGUUUGGUAUGACCUCUGCCUUAAUUAUGUGCUUGGCCGUGUUGUUUGUCACGAACACAAUGGGACUCGUUUGGAUAUUCACGAGCAAAGUGUGUGCACAAUGUGUACCACAUUAAAUAUGGUGCUCCGGUUUAAUUAUGUCAGAGUGUAGGAGGUUUAUAUUCAUAGAACGGGAGGCAGAGGAUAAUUAUAAGCACCGAGUGUGAAAUACUCAAAUGCAUUUACCUAAUAAUAAGUUGUUAUUGUUUGGUCAGAUGUUACAGUGUUAUGACGGAAAUGUGCAAAUGUUCUUUCUUCUCUGUGAAUGCAACCUUUUUCUAUCAAAUGAUUACUGGAUGUUGUGGUGUUGACCUUCAGGAAAGAGAACCUGUCCAGAACCAUUUUUCUCCUGCAAAGACAUACAGUUGAUGAGGGGUUUGUACCUGCAGCAGCUUUGAAGCAGGAUGGUUAGCAUAUGAGCACAAAAAUAUUCAUCAAACUGGCAAGAAGUUACAGAUGGGUGAUACCACGACGUUUGAUGAGAAUCGAAGCCCAAGUAAAUGCAAUAGAGCAAAUGAGACGCCCAUAAAACACUCUAAUCAAGCCUGGGCUAUGUCUGUGGCGCUACUGUACAUGAUAUCAAUCUGCUUGAGGAAAUGCUGUCUAUUUUACACCCAUACUAAUGCAACACAAAACAAACGCCUUCCUCACUCACGGUGCAACAAAAAAUAACACAAGUGACAUUUUGCGGGUAUAGAAAUAAAUGUCCACUGAUAGUCCAUGUGGUACAGAUGUGUUCCACGUGUGUUGCUUGUUGUGUUAUUUUUGGUUGCACGGUGAGGUGGGCCUUUGGGGUGAUGAGCUCCUGUUGGUUUGUGAUAAUGAAAGCUGGUUGAAAUUUUUUUAAACUAAUGUUUUGAUCAAAAAUCCGCAAAUGCUAAAUCACGAAUAUGCAGGGAUUGACUGUACACAGCCAGUAUUGCAGAUACCGAUAUUAAUACUUUUUACUUUUUGCAUUUUUCAAGAUCAUUGAAUGAUUGUGAUUUUUGCCGUAAUUAUGUUGAUCAGAAUAAAAGACAGAUUUUAGGCAAAGAAUGUAACAAUAUCAACAAAUUCUUCCCUUGUUCCCUUUUGUUACGUGCAAUUGUUUGAGCAAAAAUAAAGUUAACAAAAUUACUAAGCAAACUACUGUUAGCCCUUAGAGUUUGUCAACAAUACUGUAUGCAUGUUAGGUUAAUUGGCGACUCUAAAUUGUCCAUAGGUGUGAAUGCGAGUGUGAAUGAUUGUCUGUCUGUAUGUGCCCUGCGAUUGGCUGGCGACCGGUCCAGGGUGUACCCCGCCUGUCGCCCGAAGUCAGCUGGGAUAUACUCCAGCAUACCCCUGCGACCCCAAUGAGGAGAAGCGGCAUAGAAAACGGAUGGAUGAAUGGAUAUUUGUACACAACAAAAAACACAGAUAUUUGGGAAUGUAUAGGAGAGAGAACUGAAAAAUGGCCAUCUCAAUAUGCAAGUAUCAAUACGAUACAGCCAUACUUGCAGUGGUAAAAUUGAUAUUUGGCCUCAUCUGCCCACCUUUACAAAAAGUGUGUUGUGAGUGGACACUUGCGGUGCAUUUGUACACACUCUUCAUACUGAAAUAAUUUUACGUCCUCGAACUUUUAUCUUACUCUCAAAACAUUAAAUUUGCACUUUAACGAGUCUGUCUUUUCAUUUAUUAGAAAUGAAAAAGACCAAUAGUAGUUAGAUUGGUUAUUGCCAAUGUAAGAGUAACUUUAUAAUCAUUUACAACUGAUUGCCUCUUUGUAUCAUGCAGACCAUUGUAUCAACAAGCUAUAUUGUCAAAAAGCACUUACUGUAUUUUGUCAUUACAAUUGAUUGUCUUCAUAUUAUUUAUUGCACAUGAUGCACGGCAAAGAUGUUCUUGAACAUCCAUUUGGAGUUUUGCCAUGCUACAGGCAUGCGAUUGUUUUUUUGAAAAUGACACGAUUGUACAUGCUGUAUAUACAAAGGGGAGAAUUUUAAAUGUACAGUACGCACAUGAUGUUACGCAGACAUUUGCAGAUUGUGUUUGCAGCUGGCUGGUCUCAGACGCAGCCCGGACAUCUGGUCCCAUGGCUCGGCUCAACGCUAGCAUCCUGCAAACAUAAAGAGAGCAAGUGUCACUCCAGAGGAGCACCAAAAGAUUGAAAGGUUUAUUAAUAGGACCUGUGUUUGCUCUUGACUUUGUUGUGCGUACUUGUGUGUUCACUGCUCUCGUGCUUGGCACACACACCGGGGCUCAUUGCAGGGGCCAUGGGUUCGUCUCACGCUCACUAUUAACACACUACUGAAUGUAAACACAGCCAGAAGGAUGUAUAUUUAUACUGUAUGUACACACCUAUUUACUGUAUUUUUUCAUGAUGUUGUCAUGUGAAUGUACCGUAUUUUCAUUUGAUUUAAGUUGAAUACGAUAAAUAAACACAAAUUC